UGCCAUCCGAUGCAAAAUCCUUGACGUCGUUGAUGGGAAUCUGACCUGAAGCGAGUUCGCCCUCCAUCGUAUCCACCCCUCCAACGCUUGCGACCAUCCCCCACGGCGAGACCAUGACAGACGCGACCCGGUAGACCCAGCUACGAACUCUACCUCAACAAAACCACUGCGAAUAUGGCGCGUUCGACCAGCCAAGCCUAUAGGCACUUCCGCACCGCCCUUGCCUUGUGGCCCAAGGACAACCUCCGCCCCGAGACCCAGUUCAACGAGAUCAUCCAGAGAGGCAUCGAGAGGAGGUACACGACGCCCAAUAUCGUCGACGAGGCCAAGGAGCUCAAGCAGGUGAAUGCGCUGUACGCUCUUGCCGACGACCGCUUCAAGAAGGCGUUCCCCCUCAACGGUGACCUCCUUCAGCCCGCGAGCCAGCCGACCUACUUCCAAGACCUAGUGAGAGAGCUUGAGGAGGCCCCGACCCGAGGCUGGCUCAAGAACAUGUCCAAGAAGUUGUCCGGCAUGUUCCGGUUCCAAUAGUCAUCGAAGAGGAGGAUCACGAAAAGAUGUCACAUGCGCAUAUUACACCAAAAAGAAACCCAUCGGAACACCGACAUGAAGAACAGUGGCGCUGGCAAAUAGCAAGCAUGGGC